AUGCUACAACAAGAGCGCCCCCCCGCCCCCCCGACUCUCCCAUGUUUGCAGGCUUUUCCAUGCGAGCCACGUCCCCUCUGCACCCCCGAGGAGAAGCAGCAUCUUCCCCCUCUGAAGGAUAACGCCAUCGAGGAGGAGGGAGACGAAACCCCGGGCGACGGGGGAGAAGGAGAGGGGGGCAAGACGGUGCGGGAGCUGGCGAGGCUGUGCUACGAAGACCCCUGCCGGGGGUUGCUUGAGGUGACAGGGUGUGCACGGCAGGGAGACCAGGGGGGAGGCCCGCAAACUGUUUAUGGCUUGCCUCACCGUCUGCAAUGUCUGGAGGUAGUGAUGCACGUGCAUGAGGGGGCGUCAGGGGCGGCGAGGAGGGGAGACCCUUCUUCGAAUUUUUCGCUCUCAGUGGGUCAGUCCGGUCCCAAGAAACGCGUGAUGGCGCUGCUACCGAAGAUAGCGAGCGUGAUCAAGAGCUGCGCGGGUCAAGUCUCUGCUGAUGGUGCUCAGGCUGGUUCCGACGGCGGUGGCGGCCUUGGAGAUAUGGGAAGCGUUCAUGGGGCCGCGAGGGCAACGGCGGAAGCGGCGGCAGUUUCGUUGCGUCCACGGGCGGCGCUGUCCUGCCUGAGGGUGCUGUGCGCGGUGGCGGGGAGGGCUCCCUGGGCCGCGGAGAGGGUGGCGAGCGAGCCUGGUCUGCUCGACGCCGUUCGGGAGGCGUUCUUGGAGCCGAGGACUGACGGCACGCUGCCGUUGGACCUGUCUGAAGCGGCGCCUGCAACGACAACGAAACAGCUCUCACCAGCGCCGCCACAAGAACCGGCAACACCUGCAAGAGCUGAGGGAAAGGCAAGGGGGGGAGGGCCAGGAGAUGCGAACGGGUGCCCGCCACCGCCGCCACCACAAGAAGGGUUGGCACUGUUGGCCGUUAGGCUGGCGAGGGUGUUGGUGCAGAGCGGGCGCGGAGUCGCUCUGGCCCUGUCGCAGACGCCUCUGCUAGGGUCGACGAAAGGAUGGCUUGCGCUGGGACAGGGCUCUCGACGGCCCCUCCCUGCGCUCGAGGCGGUGCAGCGCGAGGUCCUAGAGCUGUGGCGCUGCUGCCUGUCCUACGGCAUCGACGUCGCCGCCGCGGACACUGUCGUCCUCGUAGCCCGCGGUCAGGGCUGGUGGCCGGGUCUCAGCGUUGGCGGCGUUGGCGGCGGCGUUGGCGGCGGCGGCGGCGGCGCUCCUCUUGUUGCCGAUACCGUCACCGUUGAACGCGGUGACGGCGGCGGCGGUAGCGGCGGAGGGGUCGGCGGAAGUGUCGGCGAAGACCCCACCGCCGCCACUCCUGUUGCUGCCAAAUCCUUACCUGUAGGUGUUGGUGUGGGUGGUGCUCGAUCAACGUCUGGUGGUGCUAGCGGUGGGAGCCGUGGCGGCGAUUCUGUGCCGCCGAGGCUGGCAUUCUACCGCGCCCUGCACCAGCUCGCGUGCGCUUGCGUCCUCCCGCCUGGAGGCAACGCCGCCGGCAGGAACAAGAACGACGGUGCCGAGACCGCCGGCGGCGACGGCAAGGCCGGCGUUGGUGCAGCGGGGGCGGGGUUACGGAAAGAGGCCGAGGGUUUCUCUGUCGGAGGCGUCGUGGUUGUGCCCGAGUCCUGGGCGGACGUCGGUGACACCGUCGACGCGGCGGUUGAGGCCGUUCUCCUGUGGCUCUUGCGCAGCGUCCGCGGUGGCGGCGGUGUGGACGGAGGAGGGACUGCAGAGACGGCUCAGCAGGCCGCCGCCGUCCACCUGGUGGCCUGUUGGAUGGAACGGUACCAGGCCAUGUCCCGCACGGCCGGGAGGCGUGCGUCCGGCCACCUCGAGUCAAUAGCGGAGGAUGCGGCCGUGCUGUUUUCGUCCCUCCUGGCCUCCUCCGCCCUGCCGCUUAUGGCGGCGGUGGCAGCAGCGGUGACUCGCGGCUGCGAUCAAUCCGGCGGCGGCGGCGGCGGCGGCGGCAGCGGCGGCAGCGGCGAUAGCGGAGACAGCUUCAGCCAGAGAGGGGUUAGCAGCGGCGAGGCGGUGACGGCGGGGCUCGACUGGCUCUGCGGCGUGUUUCGGCUCGGCCUGGCGUGCGAGAGGGCGAUGCCCGGGGAGGCGGCGGCGGCCCUCGCUUCCGCGCCGGAGGCAACGGCCGCGGCCCUUGCGGCUUUCCUCGCCACCGCCGGUCCCACCGCCGGCGCCGUUGCUGCCGGCGGGGCUUUGACCACCCCUACCGCCGCUGUCGCGCCACCCCCCGCAACCUUCUUGAGAAGGGUGCGGCGUGCCGAGGCGGGUGCGAGGUGGCUCGGGUGCAGGCUGCUGGCGCUUGUGAGUAGGGGGGUAGGUAGGGGUGGUGGAUGGCCAUGGGCGGCGUUGAGGAGGGACUGCGCUCUGCAGGCAAUGGCGCUCUGCGAGCGCGGCGACGAAGCCAUUGCUGUGGGGCUGCUGGCGGAGGCUUUGCCUGGCAGUACUGUGGACAGUCCCGCGGAGAACGGGUCGGAGAGGCCUAGCGACGAUCCUGCCGCCGCCGCUGGCACAGCUGCUGCUUCUGCGUCGCUUCUGCGAACGCUCUUCCGUGGUGCCAUCAGCGACCCGGUGGCCUUGUCUCAAUCCUCCUUCCACCUGGACGGGCGGUGGGCGUCCCUGCAGAGCCUGAAGGCGUGCGCGCCCCCGGGGACGGCCUCCCUCCUUCCCCUGCCCCCGCACUGGCUCUUUCUCCCUCUGGUCAGCCAGGGCGGGGGAAAAGCUGCAUCCAUGGCCGUGUCGGCUUGCCUCUCUCUGCUGGUCGAACUUGAGCGAGAGGAGAGCACCUACGUCUGGGGCGGCGGCGGCGGCGGCGGCGGCGGCGGAACCGGUUGCAAUCCGCCCGAGGUGAAGCUGUACCAUCUGGCCAACGCGUGCCUAUACGGUGCCUCGGUGCUGUCCGGACUUGGCGCGGUUCAGAAUUUCGACUGGUUGUUCAGCAGGUACCUCGAGCAAUGCGGGGCUGGCUUUGAAGGCCGGCUCGCGGAAGUCAUCGCCCGCUUGGCUCUCGCAUCUGCUCCAGACCCGGCCAAGAUGAUCGCCGACGCUGCCACCGCCGCCGCCGCCGGUGGCAGGGACAACAACAACGGUGGCAACAGCAGCAGCAACAGCAGCAGCAGUAGCAGCGCGCGAGAUCGAGCGCGCGCGGCCCGAAGGCAGUCACAUGCGGAGCGUGCGCUGCUGGAGUUCGUGAAGGACCUGGUGGCCAGCUUCUUAGCGGACUCGUUCGGUCUCCCUAGCUUCGCCAGGGUCCUGAGGGUAUUCGUGAGGACCGGUUUCCCGGUCGCCGCCCGCCGCGUGGUGUGGAAGGAGCUGGGCGACGUCGGCCUCCUUCACCUGCUGGAUCCGCCGCCGGCCGGUGCUACCGCUCCCGCUCCCGCCGCGGCCGUUCCUUCCCAUGACUCUGUCCCGGCUGCCCAUGCGAUCAACGGCGGCGGUUGCGUCACAGACCAGGCUUACCUUUACCCCCCCGACGUCGACGGUGAUAUUGUCGAGGUCUACCUGACGGCUCUGGAACACCCGCGCUUCGGGCCCGCUGCUGCUGCUGCUGCUGCUGCUGCUGCUGCUACUGCAGCGGCAGCGGUCGGGGAGCGGCGCCGGCACGGCCGAGUGGAAGAAACAGAACGGGGAUCGGCGUUGUCAGCCAGGGCAGCGGCAGCAACGGGGCUGGCUGUUGAAGCGGGGCGAGACGACUUGUCGCCGUCGGCAGCAGCAGCGGGGGGGUGGGCGGUGACGAUGCGGGAGAUCGCGGUGCAUCACCUUGCCUGCUACCUGUUCCCUCCUUCCCCGCGUCCUCCUCCUGUUGCUGCUGCUGCUGUUGCUGCUGCUGCUGCUUAUGCUACGGCGCCCGCCGCGCCCUGCCCUCCCGAGUGUUGCAAGGACGACCAAGGCGACCCGCCGUGGCGGCCGGAUUUCGCGCGCCGCAAGAUGUUCCAGCGCCUGCUGCGCGAGCACCGAGAAAGGCUCGGACGGGGAAGGGGAGAGGCGGGGGCUGGGGGUGCUGGUUCUGUAGCAGCGGCUGUGCUCGGCCACCAUGGCCUUGGAGUCGACAGCCCUGCCGUAGUUGCUGCUGACGGAAACAGAGCAACGGAAGAAAGACCAGCAAUACAGUGGGAGGGGGGGGCAAGGGGCAGAGAAGGGCGAGCGUGGGUGUCGGAGUUGGGGGAGCGUAGGCGAACGUUGCUUCAGGCUUAUUGCCGGGCGUGCAGCGGCGAUGGCCGCCGCACCGUCGCGGUUGCCGGGGACGGCGGUGGCGACGGCGACGGCGACGGCGACGGUGGCGGGGGCGGGGGCGUAGACGUUGUGUCGUGGUUGGAGGAGGAGAGACACGUUGAGGAUGUCGUGGAGCGCCUUGCGCAUGAGUUUUGCCCCUAGCCGGACAUCUAUUAGGUUCCAUUCCCGCAGGCAGACGAGGAAGACGUACGUUCUGUUGCUGGCGUUUUAUUUCAGACAAUACGAGCCGAAGAAACGCUGAUAUGUGGGAUACAUUUCGCUUCCUAUGUCGGACGUGGGUCUGGUGAGCGAGCACGUCUCUAUUGGUGUUCUGUUGAAGAAAAGAGGGCCCGUACUGUCGUUGCCUGAUUCAGAUGCCUGCCCUCGGACUUUCGUGUGUUCAUCCCGAGUAGCGCUCCUUCUGUUGCUUGGUCGUGAAAUGAGAAUGGGUAACACACUUGACUUGCUGGUGUUGUUCGGAGUAGGAUUGGAGGGGAAGCAUCAGGUUGGUGGAUACCCCGUAAAUUCUGUCGGCGCCCC